AUGUCUGGAAAAACCUUUCUGCACGCUCUUGUGCUGUUGGCAGUUGUCGUCGAUGCUAGACCGGGCCACCUCUCUAGGGAUGGCUUUCAUUCCUGCUUCCGCUCGUCAAUAAUUCUCGCCCCCGGACUGCCGUUGGGCUUCGAGGAAGCAUGCAUGCAAUCAAAUGGUCGGCAUGUGGUCGUGAAGCGUGAUGCGACCCAAGGUCAAGAAUACACGAUCGCGCGAGCAAGCACGGCAUAUCGACUGAUCGGGCGCAUGUGUCCUGCUGAGAAGAGCUCCGUCUGUCCGACGUCAGACCUAUCUCGCGAUGUUGUUUACCGCGCCUUGGCACCAUCAACACUGGCAUUAUUCCUUCAAGGAACUUCUUCUGAAAUCUCAGAAGUUUAUUUGUGGCCGUCUUCGGAGGCCAGUAACGCUCUCCCAACCAGAGUCUCGCAAAUUGCCACGACAAGUUCCUUACAACAAUUCCAUUCGCCUGCAUUUUUGAAACAAUCCUACCAAUCCAGUUCUCACAAGCUAAGUAAUGAUGCUAAUGCAUCGUAUGGCAAUCGCUGCACCGGCCGGUCGAAGAAUAGUGAGUAUUUUUGCGUUAGUAGUGAAGCAACGGGCCCCAGACAGACUACUGUCGAAGUUGAGGCCUUGGCAAUUACAAUCCCGAACCUUGGGGUCAGAAACGUAACUGUCAACACGAGCCAAGUCAGGCUAGUGAUGGAGCCCACCAUCUGGCAUCCAGUAUAUGGUAUACACAUUGUACAUUGUACCAUGUAUGCAGCCUUCUAUGCAGCCUUCACGGCCGGAGCUGCUGCAUACCGCACAUCAUCCCUAAGUCAGGCCGAAGUUCGUCCAUGAGCAGGCAAGGUACUCCUUGCCACUAGUCCAACAUCCAAAUUUGUCUCACGAUGGCUGUGUAGGUUAUUAUUAGAGCGCUCUACAGUACGCACCUGAUCGAAGACGUGGUCAUUGCCAAGCUUUGUUCAGUAAUCAACCAUGCGUUCGGAACGCGAAGGCUCCGUGUUUGACCUUUACCUUGCCUGUGAAACGACCGACGAGUAGAAGAGGUCGGCCACUCCCCUGUACAACACUCUCGUAGUUCGAUCGAUCAAUAGCAGAAGUGGUGGCAGAAAGUAUGGUGGCC